CUCUCUCUUCCUAUCAAAUCACAUUGUUGGUCGGUCGCAUGAUGCCGACCCCAGACGAUUCUCGUCAGGAAGGCUUUUUGAAUCCUUUUGCAGGGAUUCCUGCCACAGAGCAGUCUUCCUCCCCCGAUCUAUGGCACACCGACAUCUCUCCGAUACAGCCGUCGCCGGCAGCAGAUAUGACUACCCUUGAUACUAACCGGUUGACCGUCCAGCACGGUCCGCCGCGCACGUCGCACUCCUUAGAUGGCGAGACGCUGCGCUCGCGGGCAGACUCGACUAUCUCCAGCGCUGAUACCGCUGUCCGAUCAAGAGCGAACUCGGCAGCCACCACGGCCGUACCCAGCAACACGGCAUACGACGAUGUCUCGGUGGCCGACGCUCUGAACCCUGACCCCCGGAACGAGAAGGACUUCCAAGUGGGAAAUAACAAGUUUGCCUUCUCGCCCGGCCAGCUCAACAAGAUGCAGAAUCCCAAGUCUCUCGCCGCCUUCCAAGCCCUGGGUGGCCUACGGGGUCUCGAACGAGGCCUGCGGACCGACCUCACCUCCGGUCUAUCGAUAGACGAGUCCCAUCUGGAGGGGUUGGUCAGCUUUGAUGAGGCAACCUCCCUUGAAAAGACCCCGGCCAAGCAACAACCUAGCCAGACCCUCGAGACGCCAACGGCGGAUGCCGAAUCUCAGUUUUACGACCGUUUGCGCGUCUUCAGUCAGAACAGACUGCCGGCUCGAAAGUCCACCGGCUUCCUGAAACUGCUAUGGAUGGCCUACAAUGACAAGAUCAUCAUCCUGCUUACUAUUGCCGCCAUCGUCUCGCUGUCACUAGGCAUCUACGAGACAACCAGCUCCGGUUCUGGUGUCGACUGGAUCGAAGGCGUUGCUAUUUGCGUUGCCAUCUUGAUCGUGACCGUUGUUACCGCCGCCAAUGACUGGCAAAAGGAACGACAGUUUGCCAAGCUCAACAAGCGAAACAAUGAUCGUGAAGUCAAGGCUGUCCGUUCCGGCAAGGUGGCCAUGAUAUCCAUCUUCGACAUCACCGUCGGCGAUGUUCUUCACCUGGAACCUGGUGACUCCAUCCCCGCGGACGGACUGCUCGUCUCGGGUCACGGUGUGAAAUGUGACGAGUCCUCCGCUACGGGGGAGUCCGACCAGAUGAAGAAGACCGAUGGCCACGAGGUCUGGCGGCAGAUCAACAACGGCACGGCCACGAAGAAGCUCGACCCCUUCAUGAUCUCGGGCAGCAAAGUGCUCGAAGGCGUGGGGACUUAUGUCGUCACCAGUGUUGGACCCUACUCGACUUACGGGCGCAUUUUGUUGUCGCUGCAAGAAUCCAAUGAUCCUACCCCGUUGCAGGUUAAGCUGGGUAGGCUGGCUAAUUGGAUUGGAUGGUUGGGAUCUAGUGCCGCAAUCAUACUUUUCUUCGCCUUGUUAAUUAGAUUCCUUGUCAACCUCUCGCAUGAUCCCGCCAGUCCCGCCAUCAAAGGAAAGGAGUUUGUCGAUAUCCUGAUUGUCGCUGUCACUGUGAUUGUGGUUGCAAUCCCUGAGGGUCUUCCGCUGGCCGUGACUCUUGCCCUCGCCUUUGCCACCACACGAAUGGUCAAGGAAAACAAUCUUGUUCGCGUCCUUCGGGCCUGUGAAACCAUGGGCAACGCAACCGUCAUCUGCUCGGACAAGACCGGCACUCUGACACAGAACAAAAUGACAGUCGUUGCUGGAACCUUGGGGCCUCGCAGCUUCAGUUCUGGUACUGGGGAGGGCAACGCUAGUGCCGGCACGGUGGCCGAGACGCUCAAGCAGUGCUCGCCCAAGGCCCGCGAUCUGAUAGUCAAGAGCAUCGCCCUCAACUCCACCGCUUUCGAGGAGGACAAAAGUGGCACUCGAGAGUUCAUCGGCAGCAAGACCGAGGUGGCCCUGCUGCAACUGGCUAGAGAUUAUCUCGGCAUGGACGUCACCGCCGAGCGGGCCUCGGCGGAGAUUGUCCAGCUGAUCCCCUUUGACUCAGCCCGCAAGUGUAUGGGGGUUGUGUACAGGGAGCCGACUGUGGGCUAUCGUCUUCUUGUGAAGGGAGCCGCGGAGAUCAUGGUCGGCUCUUGCUCGACCAAAGUGUCCGAGGUGGACGCAAAGGAUGGCAUCGCCGUCGAUGGGUUCUCCACGGAGGACAGCCGAAGGAUGCUUGAUACCAUCGAGUCCUAUGCUGGCCAGUCUCUGCGGACCAUUGGUCUUGUGUACCGCGACUUCCCAACCCUUUCCAGCUGGCCCCCCAAGGGUUUCCACAUGGAGGAUGAUCCGGACUCGGCGCAGUUCGAAGAAAUCUUUCGGGACAUGACUUGGCUUGGGGUGGUCGGCAUUCAGGACCCUCUCCGACCCGAGGUGCCCGCAGCCAUCAACAAGUGCAAUUCGGCCGGUGUGCAGGUGAAGAUGGUGACUGGUGACAACAUGGCCACGGCCACAGCCAUCGCCUCGUCCUGCGGUAUCAAAACCGAGGAUGGCAUUGCCAUGGAGGGUCCCAAAUUCCGGCAGCUGUCGGACGAGGAGAUGGACGAGAUCAUUCCCCGACUCCAGGUCCUCGCUCGCUCUUCGCCCGAGGAUAAACGCAUCCUGGUGGCGCGACUCAAGAAAUUGGGCGAAACGGUGGCGGUCACCGGUGACGGGACCAACGACGGUCCUGCGCUGCGGACCGCCGACGUGGGCUUCUCCAUGGGGAUUGCCGGCACGGAGGUGGCCAAGGAGGCCAGCUCGAUCAUUCUGCUCGACGACAACUUCAAGUCGAUCGUCACGGCGAUCGCCUGGGGGCGGGCCGUCAACGAUGCCGUGUCCAAGUUCCUCCAGUUCCAGAUCACCGUCAACAUCACGGCGGUCGUCCUGACCUUCGUCUCCUCUCUCUACAACAGCGACAACCAAAGCGUUCUGAACGCGGUGCAGCUGCUGUGGGUGAACCUGAUCAUGGACACGUUUGCCGCGCUGGCGCUGGCAACAGACGCGCCGACCGAGAAGAUCCUCAACCGCAAGCCGGUGCCCAAGAGCGCCUCGCUGUUCACGGUCAUCAUGUGGAAGAUGAUCCUGGGCCAGGCCAUCUACCAGCUCGCCAUCACCUUCAUGCUCUAUUUUGCCGGCGACCGCCUCCUCGGGGCACACCUCAGCGAGAGCAACGGGCAGACGGAGCUCAACACGAUCGUGUUCAACACCUUCGUGUGGAUGCAGAUCUUCAACGAGUUCAACAACCGCCGCCUCGACAACAAGCUGAACAUCUUCGAGGGCAUGUUCCGCAACUACUGGUUCCUCGGCAUCAACUGCAUUAUGGUCGGCGGGCAGGUCAUGAUCGUCUACGUGGGUGGUGCUGCCUUCGGCGUCACCCAGCUCUCCGGCAUCCAGUGGGCUGUAUGUAUCAUCUGCGCUCUGGGGUGUCUUCCCUGGGCCGUGGUGCUGCGCCUGAUCCCCGACCGACCCAUCGAGCUUGCCCUCAACGCCAUCGUCCGCGCCGGCAAGUUCGUCCUGCACCCGGUCGUCGUGGCUCUGCGUGGAGUGGGUGCCGUGGGCAAGUCCGUCACUCGGCCAGUGAAGCGUGUUUUCAAGAAAUCGUCCCGAGACGAAACCCCCGUCCCUGCGGAUGAGGAAGCCGUCAACUUGACGGAUAUGAAACAGCGCCGACCCACCCCCGAGGCACCCAUGACGCCCGUCUCGGUGCCCCCUAUUACUAUUACGACUUCAUAGAUGAUGACAUUGAUUGAUACGAUAUGGGGUGAGCUCCACUCCGAGAAAUCUGUACAUUAAUUACAACGGGCCUGGCGUUUUGAUAUUUUUUUUUUGUUUAUUUGGACUGGAUUGGGCUGGGUUUGGACUUUGGAAGCAUUUGCGAGCGAGUUGGUUGGGUAGCAGUUGGUUCAUCUGUAUAGUACAUUGAGC